UUGGUACAUCUAAUGUAAAGAAAUUAAUCAGUCCAUUUCGGCUUAAUCUUUCACGUAUUAUUAGCUUUGUAAAAUAAUGCCCACACUUAUGCAAAAUGACAACAACUGACAAAUCUACGCGUUUGUCAUAAAAUUAUACUAUGAAAAAGGCUCAAUUAGAUCCGGCGGGGCAACUCGACCAAAAACAGGUCAAAUUGGCAGAACGCUAUGUAAAACAUCAGAAAUUAAAAGACGCCAACGAAUUGUAUGCGUUGUUCUUCUUCAAAGAGGAAAUCGGUCAGGGAGCAUUCGGACGUGUGAUCGAGGUGACGGAGAAGAACACGCUGAAAGUAUGGGCGAUGAAAAUCGUCACCAAAGCCAAGUUGGAGAAGUGGUCGGAACUGCAGCAGGAAAUAAAAAUAUUGAAAUUCGUCAGUCAUCCGCAUAUUAUUAAAUUGGAAGCCAUCUUCGAGACCUCGAUGAAGUUGUAUAUGUUGUUCGAGUUGUGCAGCGGUACUUUGCAGAAGUACUACGAGGAUAAGUUCCCACUUAGCGAUAAAACCGUUAAAAUUGUUGUUUAUGAUAUCGUAGAUGCUGUUGCCUAUUUACAUAAAAACAAUAUCGUACACAGAGACAUAAAAAUGCAAAACAUCUUGCUGACUAUAAACGAAAAAGAAUCCGACGAGGUAUUCGUAAAACUGUCGGACUUUGGCCUAAGCUUGGUGCGAACAGGUCGCAGCUACCAGGACAUGAUCCACCAGUUCUGCGGCACCCUUUACUACAUGGCACCGGAAAUCUGCGAAGAGAAAGGGUACAGCGAGCUGUGCGACAUCUGGUCCUUGGGCGUGAUCACCUACAUGAUGCUCUUGGGCAAGAAACCGUUUUCUGGCAAAACUGAGAGCGAGGUAAUCAACAACAUCGUCAACUCAGAACCGACAUAUUCAAAUGAGUCGAUUGUGAUCAGCGAAGAUGCGGUGCAUUUAUUGAAGGGUAUGUUGCGUAAGACUCCGACGGAUCGGUUUAACGCUGCCUUGAUUUUGGAGCAUCCUUGGCUGUCGAAGAAGAAGCAGAAGUCUAGGUUGAGCGAGUACAACGUUUUGGAUAUGAUGAAGAUGUGGAAGGACGACAUCAAAAUAGAAUCAAGUUCCAGGCAAACGGAUUGGGAACAAGAGUUGAGCAUGACUAUAAAUCUGCCGAGCCAAACGCAACUGAAAUCGAUCAACAGAAAUUCUCCUGGGUGAACAGUCGACUGUAUAAUGUUCGAGUUAAAUAUUUUAUAAAUUAUGCGUAGUUGUUUGUGUCAUUUUUUAGGAAUUUAACACAAAAAACGCAUAUACAUAUAAAAUUUUUACAUACAA